UAAUUUUGUUAAUCCAGCGGAUGGUGGCUGACUUUUACGGUGGGAAAAUCUUACUAAAGGUUAAUCUUUAUGUUCGUGCAGACCUAGUGGUUGCUAGUGCUGGUGACGAUAAAAAGAUAUCACUUUGGAAUAAAAAUGGCCAAAGUAUGGGAUCCUUUCCUUCUCACGGCAGCGACCUUGCUGAUGACAUUGAGGAAUCCAUAAAUUGUAUCAGCUUUAGUAAUAAAAGUUCUAGAUAUCUUUGCUCUGGAGGAAGUGGGCAUAUUGUCAAAAUAUGGGACCUGCAGAGGAAAAGGUGCAUCAAACGGUUGAGUGGUCAUAUUGACACAAUUACAGGUGUAAUGUACAACUGCAAAGAUGAACAUUUAGCAUCCAUCAACGAGAAGGGGGAUCUCAUACUUCAUUAUCUUGCUUCCGGAACACGGGCUGAACUCAAGGAUCCAAAUGGGCAGGUACUAAGAGUACUUGAUUAUUCUCGAUUUAGUCGACAUCUUUUGUCAACAGCUGGGGAUGAUGGAUCUGUUCAUAUUUGGGAUACAACUGGUCGCAGACCAAAGGUUUCUUGGUUGAAACAGCAUUCUGCCCCAACAACUGGUAUUUGCUUCUCUCCAUCAAGUGACAAGAUUAUUGUUACAGUUGGUCUUGAUAAAAAGUUGUAUAUGUUUGAUUCUGGAACAAAAAGACCCUCAUAUUGCAUGCCUUUUGAGGCACCCUUCUCAUCGCUGGCAUACUGUGAUGAUGGUAAUCUAUUGGCUGCUGGGACAAAUAAUGGACGUGUAGUAUUCUAUGAUGUUCGAGGGAAACCUCAACCUUUCACAGUUCUUCGUGCAUACAGUAGUUCAGAGGUAAGAUAUCUUAUCUGCCAAGAAUAGCAUGUA